CGCCAGCCGCCCGUCAUCCUCAUCCAGCGCGGCGCCUGCGGACACGGCCAGGAAGACCCCAACAGUUUGAGGCACAAAUACAACUUCAUUGCAGAUGUGGUAGAGAAGAUAGCCCCUGCUGUGGUACACAUCGAAUUGUUUCGCAAACUUCCUUUUACAAAGAGGGAAGUUCCUGUUGCCAGUGGUUCAGGGUUCGUUGUCUCAGAGGAUGGACUAAUAGUGACAAAUGCCCAUGUAGUUACCAAUAAACAUAGAGUAAAAGUAGAGCUGAAGAAUGGUGCGACAUAUGAAGCUAAAAUUAAAGAUGUUGAUGAAAAAGCAGAUAUUGCACUCAUUAAAAUAGAUGCUCAGGGUAAAUUACCAGUUUUGCUGCUUGGCCGAUCUGCAGACCUAAGGCCUGGAGAAUUUGUGGUUGCGAUCGGAAGUCCAUUUUCUCUUCAAAACACAGUGACUACUGGGAUUGUUAGCACCACUCAACGUGGAGGCAAAGAAUUGGGACUUCGGAACUCCGAUAUGGACUACAUCCAGACAGAUGCAAUUAUCAAUUAUGGAAAUUCUGGCGGACCGUUAGUGAACUUGGAUGGUGAGGUGAUUGGGAUUAACACGUUAAAAGUUACAGCUGGAAUCUCCUUUGCAAUUCCAUCUGAUAAAAUUAAAAAGUUUUUAACUGAAUCCCAUGACAGACAAUCAAAAGGGAAAGCUGUAACUAAGAAGAAGUACAUUGGCAUACGGAUGAUGUCACUCACUCCUAGCAAAGCUAAAGAGCUGAAGGAUCACCAUAAAGACUUUCCUGAUGUUAUUUCUGGGGCCUAUAUUAUUGAAGUAAUACCAGAUACACCAGCUGAAGUUGGUGGCCUGAAAGAAAAUGAUGUGAUUAUAAGUAUCAAUGGACAGGCAAUAAUCUCAGCCAAUGAUGUCAGUGACAUUAUUAAAAAGGACAGUACUUUGAACAUGGUUGUACGCAGAGGCAAUGAAGAUAUUAUGAUAACAGUGGUUCCUGAAGAAAUUGACCCUUAACUAGAAACAUGAGCUGGAUUUCAUGUUCUUUUAACACCAAUGGACUGCCUCUGUUAUCUCUGUGCUGGUACAGGAAACAUUAGACUUUUGCCCAACAUUCUGCUUGUUCAGUGCAUUAGCAUUGGCCAAAAAUUACUUUUCAAUAGGUUUAAGGUGCAAAACCCAUGUUAUGUCACAUACUGCAAAUGAUAAUUUUCCUUUUGUAUUUUAUGUAUGCAAUAUAUUCUUUUCUGGCUUUUACAUCUGCUGCUCCUUUAAAAAAAAAAAAUCAACCUUUGUUUUCCUAUGUGUGGUAGGUUUAUCACUAUUUCAACUAAGAUUUAAAGAAAACCCAUGCACACAAUGUGUGCUGUGGUAUUCAGGUAUUUAUAGAUUAGCUGUUACUUUAACUGGAAAUACCUUUGUAAUAGGAUUGUUGGUUUUUAAAUUAAAAAAAACAAAUAGUUGGAACAAUGGCUUGUAAACAGGAAACCCCCAAAACUGAAAUAACCUUUUCUUCAGAAUCCAUGCAGAAUUUUUAAUACUAUGAUUUUUUUCCUAGUGUUAUUAAAAUAAUUCUACAAUA